GAUUUCUUUGAUUGAGGAUAUGUGAAGUUGUUUCAUAUUUGGAUUUUUCUUUUCCUGUUCGGGGGUUGAGUCUCUAGGUAAGUAGGUGAAUAUAUGGGUUUUACGAUUCCUCGCACUGGCACUAUUACUUGCGCUCUCGAUCAAUCAAUCAACUGGCUAUACAUACUUCACCAUCCUCAUCAUUCCCCCCCUUCUCAUGGACAUACCAAUAAAAAAAAGAAUCAAAAAUGCACACUCCCGACCCCACCACCCCCAAACCACAAACCCUCUAUUUCGCCUACGGUUCCAACCUGUCUCUCGCGCAGAUGAAAAUGCGUUGUCCGGACUCGAUUUUCGUGGGCAUGGGUUUGUUGCAGGAUUAUCGAUGGAUAGUGAAUCAGAGGGGAUAUGCUAAUAUUGUUUUUUGUGGGGGAGAGGGAGAGGGAGAGGGAGAGGGAGAGGGAGAGGGAGAGGGAGAGGGAGAGGGGGCUGAGUCUGAGUUUGGGUGUGAGGAGGGAGAGGAAGGUAAUUUGGAAGACGGGAAGGAUGCCGAAAACAAAAAUAAAAACAAAAACAAUCCUCCACCCGCCUUUCCUCUACCUCCCCCUCCCCCUCCCCUCAAAGCAGCAAAAGAGACACACUCCCCCCUCACCCCUCAACCCCCCAUCUACGGACUCCUCUACACGCUCUCCCCCCGCGACGAAACCCUCCUCGACACCAGCGAAGGCGUACCCUUCGCAUACACAAAAAUUCAUCCUCGCAUCACUCUCCUAUCCGUCUCGCCAACACUUUCCGCGCCCGCGGUUUCAUUCCUAUUGUCUUUAUUUCCCGCUUCCGUUUCUACUUCUUCGAUCACUGGAUUAGCAUCAACAUCCCCAUUUACAUAUCCCUCUACCUCUCCAUCCUUCUCCUCCUCUAAACCAUCUCACCAUUCUCCCUCCACCACAACCACAACCACAACCACAACCGCAACCGCAACCACCUCGCAGCAAUCUCUGCCCCUUCAAACCCGUGCACUAACCUACAUCGAUACCCAGCGCACCACUCCUUCCGCCCCUAAUCCAGAAUACAUCACGCGCAUGAAUCGCGGGAUUCAGGAUGCGCUUUCCAAGGGGUUUCCUUCAUCGUAUGUACGAGAUGUGAUGCGUGUUUACAUUCCCGCUUGCGAGAUGGGAGGGGGCGUCUGAUGAUGGCGAUGGUGGUGGUGAUGGUGAUGGCGGUGACGGCGAUGUGAUGAAGGAUUUGAAAAGUUAACAGAGAGAUGAAACAGGAACUUGGCUUUCAUAGAUGGAUUCCAAAGUUAAGAAGAGACAACCUAUACCUUAUGGCUUGUCUAGAUUGCAGGAUUUUAACACUCAAAGUCACAUUGAAAUAAUGGAUCA